AGACAGGAAGCUUUGGAUAGUAAGGACAUAAAUUUCGUGUUUUUUCUUUUUUUCAGAUUCAUGUUACUGGCGCAUGAUCCAGAUGAACCGAUUUGGUUUGGUUGCAAAUUCAAGCCAUUCACCAAACAAGGAUAUAUGAGUGGCGGAGCGGGUUAUGUGCUCUCCAGAGAAGCUCUCAGGAAAUUCGUCACUGAAGCGCUUCCACAUGUCAGUAAAAUCAUACCGAUCAAAUUGGAGUUUUUCCCGUUUGUGCCAGAGCACCAUUUGACGCCGGGACAUGUGGAUAAGAAGUUCUGGUUCUGGCAGUAUACAUAUUAUCCCGUUGAUCAGGGUCCGAACUGUUGUAGUGAUUAUGCGAUAUCGUUUCAUUAUGUGAACCCUGCCCAUAUGUAUGCCCUUGAAUAUCUCAUUUAUCAUCUUCGGCCUUUCGGUAAGUUGCUAUUUUUUCGAAUAUCCAGCGGGAUAAAUUUGCUCUCAAAAAGUGACUCGAAACUAGCCGCAGCUUACCGGCUGGCGGUGAAAAAUAUGGGUGAAGAUGAUGUGUUUCGCAAGCGAGUCCUCGCAAAUAUGACGGUAAUUCCGGCACCACGAACCUCCGAACUGCUACAACAGACAACGGAGAAGACCGAGAAACAAGCAGUGCAAAAGAAGCAAUCAAUCAAGCAUGAAGACAGUCUCACGAAACAGAACGAAAAAGCAAGGAAGAGAUAA